AUAUCAUACCCAGCCUGGCCACCCCUUCCAUGCUUCCAGAUUCUAUAGAAGAUGAUGGAGUGGACUCGACACAUGCUACACUGCUGGUUACAUACCUAUGAUGUAUCAUGAUGCAAUGCUUCCAAUGUCCCUGAUGGGGGACUCAUUACCAGGGACACAUAUAUAGUAGACUGGAUCGUUCUGCUGCCAGUAUUCUUCAUCAAGGAAAUCAUCUCAAAUUCUACUAUUAAACCCGACCAGAGAAAAAAGCUCCAACUUCCCACCAACAUCAUGAACGACUACGACAAGGUUCGCUUGGCUUACGAUGCCGAAAAGGACCUCAACUCCUACCAGGCCAAGCAAGGCCUUGGUCCUAAGAGCGAUUCCACGCUCGAGUCUGGUGUGAACGAGAUGGUCGACAGAAAGUUCGAAACAGGCGUUCGUACCGGCAGAGAAGCAGGUGCUUCGGGCAGCAACCGCAAGCCCAUCCCUGAAGAUGAGGGAGGCAGUCGUGACGAUCGCGGCAGACUGGCUCCAGCCGGAGAAUAUGAGGGCCCUGGAGGCCCUGAGGACAAGGUGAAGAUUGAGUCCGAGCGUCGUCCUGGUGACCAAGACACUCUGAACCUUCAAGAUAUGAAGCGUGAGGGAAUUGCGCAAUAAGCAUUUUUCUGUAUUAUAUAAUGAAGAUUUGACGAAUAAUAAAAGCAACUAGAUUGCCUU